GUUUGAUUUAUCGCGCUUGUGGACAAUUUAAAAAAAGUUAGUGAGUAAAAUUUACUCAUCGGUACCCUUUACGUACUAAAUUGUAAAACUACAGAGCAUACAAAUGGCAAGUCGCGGGCUAUCAGAACAAAAUAUUUUGGAUGCAAUACUUGAACUAGAAUCUGAGGAAGAAGACAAUUUGGAGUUGGAGCUUUGUAACUUUGAUGAGGAUUCUUGGGACAGUGUUGCAGAUCCGGAAUAUCAACCAGAACCGGAAGAAUUAAAUUAUGUCGAAGAAAAUUUGAUACACGGAAUCAUAAAUGCAGAAGAAGCUGAAAAGGAAGAAAGGGAGCAAACACCUGGAAGCAGCAAACGUAAAAAACAGAAACUUAUUGAGGGGAGAAGAAAUGAAAGAUCAGCUGCCCAAGAAAUUCGUGAAACAGAAGAGGUAAUUACAAUUAUUACACCUAGUACCAACAAUCAGAGCGGAAAAGAUGGAAAUUUUAUUUGGAGUAAGGAACCUGUUGCUGCGCUAGGUCACAUUCGCCCUGGCCCAACGGCAAAUGCAAAAAAUUCGUUGUGUCCUGCCAGCUGCUUCAAACCGUUUUUUUUUCGCAGACAUAUUGAAAGAGAUUUUGGUUUAUACAAAUAAUGAAAUAAAGAUUCAAAGGGAGAACUAUAACGAUAAAUCUCACGCGGUUUUGUCAAAUUUGGAAAUGGACGAACUUGAAGCAUUUCUUGGUUUGUUAGUCUUGUCCGCUGCUCUCAAAGAUAAUCACUUGGCAACACAUAUGAUGUUUGACACUACCUACUGUGGGGAAAGGUACAAGGCAACCAUGCCUGAGAGAAGGUUCAAAUUGUGUUAUCUCUAUGUUAUGUUAUCUCUACACAAGGAGUUAACGGAAGGAUUUCAAAGUAAAAGAUUAGCAACUAAUACAAACAUGAGCCUGGGGUUGAAAAAAUCCAUUCAGAAUAUUGUAGGCGCAAGCCAAGAGGCCAUAGUGCCGGAGAAGACCAAAAGGGGCCAAGAAAGUACUGUAAUUUUUGUAGUUAUACCAAACGUAGAUACACCACCACUUAUUGCAGUUGUGGAUUAGCUAUUUGCGGUGAACAUGCACAAAAAAAGUGCCCUGAAUGUGCUUGAAAAACAAUGUUUAUGUAUUCAUAAUCGUCAAAAAUCAAUAAUAAAGUAUUAUUUUUGCUUAUUUUACAUAUUAUAAUAACAAAUUACACUUAUAUUAUAU